AUGGCAUAUGACAGGUAUUUGGCUGUAUGCCACCCACUACAUUACACAUCCCUUAUGACAAGCAAACUAUGCAGCCAGAUGGCCUUUUGCUCGUGGAUUUGUGGGUUUUUAUGCAGCUUUUUCUUGGUCAUUCCCAGCUCUAGACUUUUAUUCUGUGGUCCAAGAAUUAUUGACCACUUUUUUUGUGACUUUAUCUCGUUGAUAAACAUUUCCUGCAAUACAACUUUGGCUACAGAUAAGAUCUUCUAUGCCUUUGCUUGGAUUGUCAUAUUAUAUUCAUUGUUACUCACCAUCAUUUCUUAUGUACAAAUAAUAAGGACAAUUUGUCAUUUGCCUUCUCAGUUAAGUAGAAGGAAAGCCUUUUCAACAUGUGCCUCUCAUCUGACUGUCGUCUUGACUUUUUAUGGAACAAUUAUUUUUAUGUAUAUCCGCCCAACCACACAAUACAUUUUGAAUAUGGAUAAAGUUGUAUCUGUAUUCUAUGUAGUUGUGAUCCCUUUGCUUAAUCCAGUAGUGUACAGUCUGCGAAACAAGGAGGUGCAUGAAGCAUUAAGAAAACAUGUUGCACGUCUUGGUGUUCUUUGCAAAUGCUAA